GAGAAUCUCUCUCGCUCUCGUCACGACCUCGACAAGGAAUGUUUGCAAGUAGAGAAAGGAAAUACUUUUUAUGAUUUCCAGUUCAAUUCAAGGCUUGUCAAAUCCACUAUUGUUCAUUUCCAGGUACUCACGCUAGCUCUUUAAUUUCAUAUUGUAGCAUUCCAUUUUUUUUCAUAGUCAUUGAGCAAGGUAUUCAUGUGUUCUUUGUGUCCUUUUAAUAUAUUUGAUUUUUUUUUCUUUGUUCCAUUUUUUAUCAAACUUGCAUGAUUUUCAUUAUGGCUUCAAAUACUUGAUAGUGUCUCCGUAGUCCGUACAACCCUCAUCAUGUAAUUCAUGUCAUGGAUGUAGUUCUAGAGCUCACAACAAACUAAUACUGUGUAGUAUGACAAGUCCAUGUUCUUGUGUAGCCCUUCAAAAAAAAUUGAUUUGGAUUGCAAGUAAUGAGAUCUAUGUUAAACGUUUUCUUCCAUUAAUAUCUGAAAUUGAAAGGUAUUUUUCAAAGUCCGACUCUGCAACUAACAUAUCUUAGUUAUACAUGCAUCAUUAGUCUUGAAGAGUUUUGCAGGGCUUCCUAUUUUGUUAUUCAUUUAUGGAAUCUUUAAUAAGUAAUUAUGCCUCUGUGCCUGAACUUGUUGAAGGUAUGAUUUCUGAAAUUGUUCCUUUUCUAUAUUGUCAAAUUAUCUGAAAUGCAUUCAGUUUAUGAACAGUUGACUUAAGCUACUACCCCAUAAGGCCAUCAUAUUGAUUAAGUUUCAGUCUUCAGACCAGCAAUAUGCUACCCAAGCUUUCUCAGAUAUAAAUUAUAUCUCUUGGGGUCAAAUUUAUUUAUCCUUGAGCAAGAAGUUAAUUCUUGAUAAACCUUCAAAUUUGGAGGUAUGAAAAGCUUUUGAUGUUCCCUAGCUACUGUAUCAAGUUGGAGCUUGUAUGAACUAAAUAAUUUUUAUGCAGUGUUCUAAAGGAUGGUUACUUUAUAUCUUCACUGGUAAAUGAUUUCUUAUAUUUUAAAAAGACGAACAUUAGUUUGAUGACGUACAGCCUCACAACCCUAAGUACAGACAGCAGGAUCCGGUCCCGAGUUAUGAAUAUUGACGCAUAACGAUUUUAUUUCAUGUUGGUGUAUGUGUAGGUUGUCUCAGAGUUUGAGAUUAAGUACUACAGACCUUUUCAAAUCUUGAAAUAGUAGAUGAGUAUGUGGUCCUAUGUUUGUUCACAUUUAGCACAACAAAUGCUUUAGGAGCAUAUUAUAGACAAGCUUUAUGUAGGCAUUGAUUGAGAUUAUUAUAUCCGACUCUUAGUUGACCCCUUAAUAUUAUUCUCAGAGAACAUGUUUAUGUGGAGAUGGAAAUAGGAAAACAUGAUAUACAGCCACAAUUGCUUAUGAAUAUUUUGUAGCUUGUACAUCUUUAGUUGCCUUUGCAUGGGUUCACUGCGAAUUACUUCUUUAAUCAUCCUUAUUUUCCUGGAUUUACACUGUUGGUAUAUCAAGCUGUGAAUUAUUAGUUUGCAAUUUAUCCACAUGCAUGAGGUAUCUAUUUGCCUAUUUAAUUUAAUUAUUCUUUAAUUGUGCAAGUAAUAUACGAUCUUAACCCAUCUGUGGCAUUUAGGAUUGUUAUUGCUCUUUAUUUGCCUUUUUAAGCAGGGUGGAAGUUAUAUCUGAGCUGCUGGCGCGUUAAGGAUGCGUUGUUUAUAUGCUAAGGAAUCUGCUAUGGGCGACUUCAAAGCAUGAUGUGUAUCUGAUGCAAAAUUACUCGUUGAUGCAUUGGUCAUCGUUGCUGCGCAGAGGCAAAGAAGUACUCAAUGUUGCUAAACCAAUUAUUCCUACCCAGGACAACCCAGGAUUGUUGUCUCAGUCCGUCUCAAGGGUACAAGUAAGCACUAUGGCUGUUAAAGAUAACUUGAUAGUUGCCGGUGGUUUUCAGGGGGAGCUCAUUUGCAAGUAUUUGAAUCAGCCUGGAGUUGCUUUCUGCACAAAAAUAUCCACAGAUGAAAAUGCCAUCACCAAUUCAGUGGAUAUCUACCAUAACCACAAUGGUUCAAUGAGGAUUAUGACUGCAAAUAAUGAUACUAUGGUUAGACUUUUCGAUGUUGAGACAUUUGCUUGCCUAAAUCAUUUCUCCUUUGAUUGGUCCGUAAAUAACACCUCUGUCAGCCCAGAUGGUAAAUUGCUUGCAGUUCUUGGGGACAAUACAGGUUGCUUGAUCGCUGAUGCCAACUCUGGAAAGGUAACCGGGAGCCUGGAAGGACAUUUGGACUACUCUUUUUCAUCAGCUUGGCACCCUAACGGACAAAUUCUGGCCACUGGAAACCAAGAUACUACAUGUCGGUUGUGGGAUAUAAGGAAUUUAUCCAAGUGCCUGACCGUGUUAAAAGGAAACAUGGGUGCAAUAAGAGCACUAAGGUUCACCUCAGAUGGCCGGUUCCUGGCUAUGGCUGAGCCUGCUGAUUUUGUCCACAUUUUUGAUGCAGAAUCUGGGUAUGUCGAAUGUCAAGAGAUUGAUCUGUUUGGGGAAAUUUCCGGGAUAUCAUUUAGUCCCGACACAGAAGCUCUUUUCGUUGGGGUUGCUGACCGAACUUAUGGUAGCUUGUUAGAGUUUAACAGGAGACAUUUUUACCGGUAUUCAACCUGCAUGUUCUAAUGUAGAAUGCCUGAAAGGAAAACCAACCUCAAGUAUGUGUAUAUUAUAGAGGUUUUUUUUAUGGUUGUAGUGUCAUCAGAAGUUUUAGAACUCUCCCUUUUCAUGGUUACAGAGAACGGUAUUUCUUAGAUAGAUUGUGGAGUAUAGUUAUUGUGGAGUAUAGUUAUUUCUGCGAGGUGAUUGAUUAUUUUUUUAUCAGGAAGGGAAAAUAAAUUCUGUUUUGUAAAGAACUUAAGAUUGCUCUGUACAAAAAAAAAAAGCUGUAUCGUUAAUCUAAUUAAGAUUAUUAAUAGUUGUUUUCCUC